CACUUCCCUUUCUUAUCGCCUCCUCUGCGUCUACAUUUGCAGCAGAUGAUAAAGUGACAGUCUGGUUCUUUCUGUCAGAUGGUCAACAUGUUCAAUCUGAAGCAAGCAUCUCUACUCUUCAUUCAGCUGUUAAAAAUGCAGAAUGCCUUUGAAGUGUCAGCGACUCAGAUGGAAACUCAUAGGAACAUGUCGGUGUCCAGCGGCGACUCGGUCGUGUUUAUUUGCAACAUAUCUGAGAAUGACACUAAGAUAAUCAGCUGGAGCAAUGGCAGAUAUUAUUUUUCAUAUUCCAUCUCAUCGAAUCAGACGUUCUCAAAUUUUUCCUCUGAAGGAGUCAAAAUAGACUAUAAUAUGCCUUCCAAGAUCAGCAUCUCUAGAGCUCAACAUGAUGAUUCAGGACUGUAUACAUGCACUGUAACUGAUGGCGCAGGCUUUCGAAACAUGGCGUGGAAUUUAACUGUAUCUAACAAACAAGAUGUUAAUUUCUCAAGGUAUAUUUUUUUCAUUCUGUCACCUGCCACUGUAUUGCUUUUGUGUUGCAUCAGACUAGUCUUCGGCCUCUACAGGAGGUAUAAUGGAAGUGGAAACCAAAGUUUGGACCUGAACGAAAGCAGAACCUUUACUUGUGUCGUGUAUGAUGUUCGGCCUGGAGGAAAGGUAAUUCCUUCACAAUUUAAAACAACUGCAAUAUGGAGGAUAAUCGCCAAGCCGUGUGGAUCAUCAGAGAAACAACGAGUAGAUUAGAGAUCUCAUGAAAUGGCUCUACUAAAUCUGAGAAGAACAAACUUAAAUAAUCUGUAAUUUAAAAGCAGCAUCCUUAUUUCUCAAGUAAAAUAAUAUUACCUGUACUGUAUUUAAGAAAUAGCACAAUAAUUGAAAUACUUAGGUAUCAAUUUACAAGUUUGUAUCAAACAGCAGGUGAAACAGAAUGAGAAUCCAUUUUAAUUUAUUAGAAGUAAUUUAGCUUCAGAGAGCACAAACAUAUUUUUGUGACAUAUCAUGUUGUAUACUAUACAUAUGUAAUCACAUAUAUAUUAUGCAUAGAGGAAAUGGGCUUGCAAACCAACUGUAAAAUGGAACGGUUCAUAAACAAACGUUUAAAGUAUUAACUAAAAAUAUCAAAUUGUUCCAUCAUUAGACGUUCCAAGACCAUGAGCAGCUAAGUUGGAACUAUAUUGUAAAAUAUAAGGAUUCUGUCUUGUUUUAUAAAAUACUUCAUGGUAGAAAACUACAAAUCUGGCUCUGGAAAGACAAAAAUAUCAACAUGACCAUGACUAAACAUUUACCAUUAGGGUUUAUGGUUCUUUAAACAUUGUUUACUUACCAGUAUUACAUUUGCUUGUUUUUUUUUGUCUUAUUUAUUAUGUUUGAUGGGCCUUUUAACACCAACCUGUUGGUGGGACUGGAUGUGAAUAUUAGCCAUUUGACCAUAAUCUCAUGUAUUAAUUGUUCAUUAACAUGUAUUAACAUCACAGAACUGAACUGAACCUUCAUGUUCUACUGUGUACAAUAUUCUUAAAGUUCACAUAGUUAUUAUGAUGUGUUCCUCCCCGGUUUACUCUGUUAAACAAUCAAUAUAACUUAUUAAAAUGUUGUUAAUCUGA